CAUUUAUGUAAAUGGCAUCUGCAUUCUUGCUUCUAAUUAAAAAUCGAAGGGAAAAGCUUUCUGUAAUUAAAGGACAUGUUUGCUAAUUUGUCAGGCUGGAUUCUGGAGCACUUCUUGUCGGAUCAUUCUGGCAGUAACUCGCAGCUUUCCCUCUCCGUAGGAACAGGCUGAUCAUUCCCUUCUCCUGGUCACAAACGCCAGGGCAGGGACAGGGGCAGGACAGUGUCCGUGUGUCCCACCCGCAAUGCUGGGCCUGGAGCUUGGGCCUGGCACUCCUGGAGACACCUGCACAGGUGUGGGGCGUGCCCUGGGACGGGCUGGGGGUUGCAGUGUGGGUCAGCUGAGCUCAGGCAGCCCCAGGCUGUGUCCCGGGGUCGUGUCUGGGGCUGUGCCUGCCAGGCAGGCUCAGCCUGACAGACGGGGGGCUCAGCCCUUCAGAGCUCACCUGGGACCCCCUCGGGGAUCCCCGGGGCUGUCCCUCCGUGGUGGGGGCAGUGCAGAGCCCGGGGACGUGGUGGGCUCUGGCCCACGGCUCAGGGCUGUGGUUGGGGUGAGGAGCUCUUUCCCUGCCUGAUCCUGUCCGGGGGGAUCCUGCAGCCUGUGAAAAGGCCACAGGGAUCCUCCAGAGCCAGCCUCACUCGCGGGGCACUUGCCAUCCCUGCCACCAGCUGGGAUUCCCCGGGCAGGGCUCCCCGGGCAGGCCUCCCCGGGCAGGGGGUCCCGGGCAGGGCUCUCCGGUCAGGGUUGUUCGGGCAGGGGCUCCCCGGGCAGGAACUCCCCGGGCAAGGGCUCCCGUUCCCGUUCCAGCCCAGCCCGGGCACCCGCAGGUCCCGGGAUGGGAUGUGGUGUGAUGGGAUGUGGUGUGAUGGGAUGGGAUGUCCGACUCCCAGGCCAGCAAUGAGACGUCACCUUUUCUCUUCAGAGCAGCGCAGGUAGAGGCUGGCAGUGUCUCCUUCCUCGCCCAGCCCGCUUCCCAUGCAGGCUUUGCAUUUGAUUUUUUUCCCCCAAGAAAGCGUUUCCUGUUGUAACGUAACCAGAUGGGGAGGGUUCAGUGGAAAUACCUCGGGAGAGGCUGGCAGAGCAGUGGAUCCAGGAAGCAGAUCCUCCCCGUAAUACUGGCACGGUUUGCUGCCCUGACCUGCUGAGCCCACCCCGAGCCUGGACAGGGCAGUGCCUGUGCUGUGCGUGGACCCUGAGUGAUGAGGGACAGAGCCAGGCACUGAGGGCACCGGCCAGGAGCACUGCCACCUGCCUUAACUGCGCUGGUACUAAAAAGCCCCGGAGGAUGUAGAGCGCGGCGGGCCGGAGCAGCGGCCGCCCCCCGCCAUGGCCCGGAGGGGCCCCAGCGGCCGCGCCCGCGGGGACAGGCCCGACGCCCUGGCCGCCCUGCAGGCCGCCAACGAGGAGCUCCGGGCCAAGCUCACCGACAUCCAGAUCGAGCUGCAGCAGGAGAAGAGCAAGGUCAGCAAGUUGGAAAGGGAGAAAAAUCAGGAAGUGAAGCAGAUCAAGGAGCACGAACAGCAUAAAAGCACAGUGGUGGUCACAGAGCUCAAAGUCAAACUUCACGAAGACAAAAUGAAGGAGCUCCAAGCAGUUCGAGAAACACUCCUGAGGCAGCACGAAGCUGAACUGCUGAGAGUAAUAAAAAUCAAAGACAAUGAAAUCCAGAGGCUCCAGACCCUGCUGAACGCCGUGCGUGACGGGGCCCCGGACAAGGUGAAGACGGUGCUGCUCAGCGAGGCCAAGGAGGAGGCCAAGAAGGGCUUCGAGGUGGAGAAAAUCAAAAUGCAGCAAGAAAUUUCUGAGCUGAAGGGGGCUAAGAAGCAGGUGGAGGAGGCUCUGACGAUGGUCAUCCAAGCUGACAAAAUCAAAGCCGCGGAGAUCAGGAGCGUGUACCACCUGCACCAGGAGGAGAUCACCAGGAUCAAGAGGGAGUGCGAGAGGGAGAUCCGCAGGCUGAUGGAGGAGAUUAAGUUUAAGGACAGAGCAGUCUUCGUGCUGGAGAGAGAGUUAGGGGUGCGAGCCGGGCAUGCUCAGAGACUGCAGCUCCAAAAGGAGGCUUUAGAUGAACAACUGUCCCAGCUCAAAGAGUCUGACCGGCACCUGAGCAGCCCCAAGCGGGAACUUCCUUAUGCAAGUGGUGCAGGAGACGCUUCAGAUCACUCGGGAAGCCCCGAACAGCAGUUGGAUGAAAAGGAUGCCCGGCGCUUCCAGCUGAAAAUCGCGGAGCUGAGCGGGAUCAUCCGCAAGCUGGAGGACAGGAACGCGCUGCUGUCGGAGGAGAGGAACGAGCUGCUGAAACGUCUCAGAGAAGCAGAAAGUCAGUACAAGCCCAUUUUGGACAAAAACAAACGUCUCAGUAGGAAGAAUGAGGAGUUGUCACAUGCCUUACGUCGAAUGGAGAAUAAAUUGAAAUUUGUGACGCAGGAGAAUAUAGCGAUGAGGCAAAGAACUGGAGCAAUAAGGAGACCAAGCUCACUAAAUGACCUCGACCACAGCCAGGAAGAAAGGGAAGUGGAUUUCCUGAGACUACAAGUAAUUGAGCAGCAAAACAUCAUUGAUGAGCUGUCCAAGACCCUGGAGACUGCUGGCUAUGUGAAGAGUGUCAUGGAACGUGAUAAGCUGCUCAGGUUCAGGAAGCAAAGGAAAAAAAUGACAAGAAUUCCUAAGAAGCCGGUGGUGGAGACGUUCUAUGGCUACGACGAGGAGGCUUCCCUGGAGUCGGACGGCUCCUCCAUCUCGUACCAGACCGACCGCACCGACCACACGCCCUGCACGCCCGAGGACGACCUGGAGGAGGGCAUGGCCAAGGAGGAGACGGAGCUGCGGUUCCGGCAGCUGACGAUGGAGUACCAGGCGCUGCAGCGCGCCUACGCCCUGCUGCAGGAGCAGGUCGGGGGCACCCUGGACGCGGAGCGGGAAGUGAAGACACGUGAGCAGCUCCAAGCAGAAAUACACCGGUCCCAGGCUCAGAUAGAAGACCUGGAGAAGGCUCUGGCUGAGCAGGGACAGGACAUGAAGUGGAUUGAGGAGAAGCAGGCAUUGUACAGAAGAAAUCAGGAGCUGGUAGAAAAGAUCAGGCAGAUGGAGGCCGAGGAGGCGCGCCUCAGACACGACGUGCAGGACGCCAAGGACCAGAACGAGCUGCUGGAGUUCAGGAUCCUGGAGCUGGAGGAGAGGGAGAGAAGAUCCCCUGCCAUCACCUUCCACCACGGCCCCUUCACGGAGGGGAAGAGCCCUCUGCAGGUGUACUGCGAGGCCGAGGGUGUCACAGACAUUGUAGUAGCAGAGCUGAUGAAAAAGUUGGACAUUUUAGGGGAUAACGCCGUAAGUAACCUGACCAACGAAGAGCAGGUGGUCAUCAUCCAGGCAAGGACCGUGCUCACGCUGGCAGAGAAGUGGCUCCAGCAGAUCGAGGUGACCGAGGCUGCACUGCAGCAGAAGAUGCUGGACCUGGAGAACGAGAAGGAGCUGUUCAGCAAGCAGAAGGGCUACCUGGACGACGAGCUGGACUUCAGGAAGCAGUCCCUGGACCAGGCUCACAAGCAAAUUCUGGAAUUAGAAGCCAUGCUCUAUGAUGCCCUGCAGCAAGAAGCUGGAGCCAAAAUUUCCGACCUUCUUUCAGAAGAGGAGAAGGAGAAGCUGAAGAGCGCCGUGGAGCAGUGGAAGCGGCAGGUGAUGAGCGAGCUGCGGGAGAGGGACGCCCAAAUCCUGCGGGAGAGGAUGGAGCUCAUCCAGCACGCCCAGCAGAGAAUUAAAGAGCUAGAAGAAAGAAUUGAAGGCCAAAAAAGACAAAUAAAAGAGUUAGAGGAAAAGCUUUCAUUCUUUGGUCAUAGUCCUUCAGGCCCCAUGCACAAGCCCCCUGAGGCCACUCCAGCUGCUCCUGCUGUUCCUCCCAGAGGGGCAGCCCUGCUUCCCGAGACUCUCACAGAGACUCUGCCCUUUCCACCCCCCCAGAUCUGUGUCCUUCUUUGCUGCUGGCGAUGGCAGGUGCAGUCUGUGGGACUUCCAGUGGGGCUGGGUGGGAGCCCCUGCUCCCCUGCAAUCCCCCAGGAGCCUGGACAGUACAGAACUGAGCUGACAAGGAAGCCAAAACCUCUGCUCCUCCCUGUCCUACGGCCCCAGGCUGCUCCUGGAGUGCCAGCCCUGCUGCUGGACAAGCCCUGGGCUCUGACAGGAGCACCAUCACCCAUUCAGAUACACUGAAUUUAGUUCUUCUGGUUCCCUGCUAAGCAGGUGGCAAAUUGCUUCUGUGAAGAAGUGCCCGUGUCCUGUUUGUAUGCCACACAUUCAUGUUUGUUCCCCACAGUUCUUCAGAAAUCUGUCUUGAAAGAAGAUUUUAGGAAGCAUUCCAGAGGAGUAGCUCAUGAAAAGAUGAAUAUGGAUGAAAAUGGAGUGGUUUGUUCCAAGGUUUUCUUUGUUACACAGGGUAUGUCCCAUGCUUUGUUGAAUAUCCGACGAGCCCAGUUUUAGGGAAAAAACGUAAAGCUACAUUCAGGAAGCCAAGCUGUAAUUAUUUUUUUUUGGAGUUGUCAGUAAACCAUGAUGAGAAAAAUUAUGCAACAAUUUAUAAUUGGUUGUCCCUGAACAAUGACAAAAGGCUUAACACUGUCCCAGCAAAAAGUUCAACCUGGAAAAGAGUGAACUGAACCAGAUUAUCCCUGAUCCACGUGCACAGGCCUGGCAGAGGCAGCAAGAGGGAGCAAGAGGUUGUCACCUGGAAGAUGUCACCUGGAAAAUGUCCUCACCCUGGGGAAGGGGAGCACAAGUCCCACAGAGCCAGAGCCCAGGAGGCUGGCACAGGAACCAGGAAGGAAAAAGAAUCCUCUGGAAAAACAGGGGAAGAGGGGAGAAUCCAGAAGAAAUUCCAGAGAGUGAUGGACCACAUGGGACCCACAGCCAAGCACAGAAAUGUGGGGCUGUGGGGCAAGGCCAGGAAGUAGGAACAAGGCCAGGAAGGAGGAGCAAGGCCAGGAACGAGGUCCUGUUGGCAGCCACGGUCCCACAGCGCCCACACCCUGGGAGCACGGGGCAGGAAGGGAGCAGAGCUCCAGGCAGGUACCUGUGCCACUGGAGUUUAUAAAGCUAUGAAGAAAACCCCUUGAUACUGAAACUCUUCCACCUCUUCCUGCACUCGCACAUUGACCAUGUUUUAACCCAGCACAGAGAGCUCCGCUGCAGGAACAGAAGGGAGUGAGUUGGUCAGAGAAGUGUGAUAUUUGAACUGAAGGGAUGUGAUGUUUUAAGGCCAAGGUUGUGGAUUUUGAUAUCAGCAUAUGAUUCUAUCAUGGAAUUGAUUUAACAAGCUCCAAAUCUACCAGACAUCAAUACCAGUGCUGGGAUUCUGGGAUGAGCUGCAUUUUUGUUUCUGCAUUUCACACGUCAAAUGGGUCCAUUUUGAGUUCUACUGAAAUACUUCAUUUUACUGUAUUUUCUGGAAGCCCUUUGGGUGGUGGUUGAGGUGACAAAGGCCACGUUAGGAAGUGGCUUGAGCCCAUUUCAUGGCUCUUCUUUCAGGACGUGCUCUUGCCUGGUGUGUUCGUGUGUCUCAAAUAUCGGUUCUGUUUUCUGAUUAAUUUCCCUGAUCCUGGGGGUUUUAAAGUACAAUUGUACAGGACAGGUCUGUGUGUAAAUAAGGGAUUGUGCUUAUCUAUAUGUCACUAUAAAUAUGUAUGAAGUUUUGUACAUAAGACGGGAAAAACGGCUCAAAGAAUGUUUUCAGAACUGUUUCCUCCGUUUAAAUGCACGGACAGGAGAUUGCCAUCCAUGUGCUCCCUCACUCCCGGGAAGGGAUCCCGCUGGGCUCUCUGAGGAGUUUGUUGGUGGCCCCGGCCCGGUCUGGGCUCUCUGAGGAGUUUGUUCCCGGCCCGGGGCAGGGCUGAGCCGUGUCGGGUCUCGGCUGCUGCCGCUCACUGUGGCCCCCGUGCAUCUCUUACAAACAGCGUCUGCAGCCCCCGUGCCCGGUGCGGGGGCAGCGGCCGGAGCAGGGGGUGCCCCGGGCCGCCCUCGCCCCAGCCCGGCCGCUCGUCAGGCGUGGACUUCUUGUUCAAGCUGCUGGAGGAUGCGGCUGUUAUUUCCAGUAUUCUGCUCUAUAGUAUCUGUAGCCUUCAGUGAUUCCUUGAGUGCCUUACAUGGCUUGUGGACAGAAUUCCUGACCAGGAGGAGAAGAUGCCCCUGGACCGACGCCGGCUGCUCCGCAGCCCUGUGCCCCCGCCGGCAGCGUGGGUGUGCACAGCAGAUUUAGCUUCGACUCAGGAAAUCGCCAUGUGAAUAUGUGUAUUAAACCCUGUAUGAUGUGCUGUACAGUUUAUAAAAAGGACUAAUGUAAACUUAUGCAAAACGUAACGCAGAGAAAAUGGAGGUUUUUGGUGCACUGGCUGGCGUGCCGUGACCCGUGUCCUCUAACCCUACUCCAGGAUCAUAUCCAAAAUACAGAACGUUGGGUUCAGUGCUGUGACAGCAACCGACAGCCCCAGAACGGGGCUGGGUCGAUCGACCAGAGAAUUUUACAGAUAUUUUUGUAUUGUGAUUCCUAUGAUAUAUAUCGAGAGACUUUCUAUUCCUUUGUAAAAUACAUAAAUUAUUGUCAACUUUUAAUUAAAAAGAUCUGUUUUAAACC